AUGGAGAAGAGGAUGAGGAAGCACCCUAUAUUAAAAAAUUUAUACUAUUUGCAUCUGAAUGGGUGGCUGAAAAAGUUAUGGACAAACUUGAAAGAAAUUAUUGUCAACAGUUAAGGAAUUUUGUGACUGCAAGCUCGUCGGGAAAUGAAUGCAAUACGCUUCGGGGCGUCAUAUUCGAACAAAUUGCACAUCGAAUUUUACAACGGGGAGGGACAUUUGAUAUUCGUUCUUUAGAAUCUGACUUUACAAGUACGAUUGAAAUUCCAGAACGGAUUAAGUUAUUAUUUAAUGACAUUAAUAAGAUUGAGGAGGGCAAGUACUGUCAACCGAUUCAAAAGAAUUUUUCAUCCAUUGAUGCAGUAGUUGCACCCCAUACACUCUUUCAGAUGACCAUAAGCAAGAAUCAUCCUAUUAAUGUGAGUGGCAUGAAAAAGCUCGUUGAAAAGUUGGGUGGAAAGUCGGAAACAAAUCCUAUAUAUUUUUAUUUUGUCUUACCGAAAGAUUUAUACGAUAAUUACCAAGCACAGCCUUUUUAUACCAACGACAAAACUGUUGCUAAGAGAAUACCAUGUUGGAUCACUAAUCGUGUUAAGCAAUACGCAUUGAAAAUUGACUUGA